AGGGAGCGGAGCUCUGGUCGGGCUCGGUCCCGCCCAGCCGCAGGGGGCGCUGCGUCGGCGGAGCUACCUUCGGGACGCUGGCAGGCGCCCCUCGCUGUGGGUGCUCGGCUGGAAGAAGAGGAGGAGCCGCCGCUGCCGCCGGAACCGCCCCAGCCGCCCGAGGCCCCUCAGUCUUCUCGGCGAAGGAGCAGCGCGGGCAGCAGCAGGGCACCAUGGGCAAGAGGGACAACCGAGUGGCUUAUAUGAAUCCUAUAGCCAUGGCCAGAUCUCGAGGUCCUGCCCAAUCUGCAGGGCCCACAAUACAAGAUUAUCUGAAUCGGCCAAGGCCCACAUGGGAAGAAGUGAAAGAACAGUUAGAAAAGAAAAAGAAAGGCUCCAAGGCAUUAGCUGAAUUUGAAGAAAAAAUGAAUGAGAACUGGAAAAAGGAACUAGAAAAACACAGGGAGAAAUUGUUAGGUGGAAGUGAGAGUUCAUCAAAGAAAAGAGAGAGAAAGAAAAAGGAAAAGAAGAAAUCUGGUAGGUCUUCAUCCUCUUCUUCAUCAAGCUCUGGUUCUUCCAGCAGUUCUUCGGAUUCAGAAGAUGAGGAUAAGAAACAAGGGAAAAAAAGAAGAAAAAAGAAAUAUCGUUCACAUAGAUCUUCAGAAUGUUCCAUAUCAGAAUCUGAAUCAGAUAGUAAGGAUGGCAUUAAGAAAAAAAAGAAGUCAAAAGAUGAACAUGAAAAAGAAAAGGAUGUCAAAAGUCUGAGCAAGAAAAGAAAGAAGAUGAAUUCUGAAGAUAAACCCAUUUCAUCCGAAUCUUUAUCAGAACCAGAGUGCAUAGAAGAGGCACAAGCAAAGAAAAAGAAAAACAGUGAGGAGCGAGAAAAGACCACAGAAAAGACAAAAAAGAAAAAGAAGCAUAAGAAACAUGGCAAGAAGAAGAAAAAGAAGACUACUGGAUCAGGUCCAGAGUCAGCAUAAUGCCAGGACAGCUGAGAUCUCCCUGCCAGAAAGUGCAAUGUCAAGCAAAACUUCAACUGUGAAAGUCACGGCUUCUGCUACCCAAAUGCAUGAGUGCUCCUGUGUUUUUAGAGCCUGAGGCCGCGGGCCAGAAGAGGCCAUGAUUGUUGCCUGCUGCUUAUUACCUGGGGUACAUUCACCUUCUUUGUUUGGUUUGAUUUUUAUCCCCAGAAUUCUUUGAUCUGGGAAACAAUACACUAGAGUCCAACUGGUAUUUGAGAUAUUGGGAAAUAAAGAAAAAUCUCUUCGAUAAUGAAAUUUUUAACAGGAAGAAUCUAAUUUGAAAUCAGAUAAAUCUAAAUGCAUCUUUAGGAUGUGUUUAAAGUAACAAAUCGGAGAUACCCAGAUGACUACAGUUGGCGUUUUUGAAGCAAGGGCAUGACAUUAAUGCCCUCAAAAAUCUUUCCUUUUGUAGAUUGUUAUUUUUUCCCUUAAUUUUUUGUUUACCUGGGGAAGGGAGAGGGGUGGGAUAGGGAGGGUGUCGCUAUUAUUUUAGCUAGCUGAAUAGUGUGCCUUUUGAUCCUUGCACAUCCUAUCUAUUUUGUCAGGACAGACACUGUGCUUCCUAGGGAGGCCAAGAGCUGGUCAGCUGCAGUCUGUGUCCCUUUGCUGAACUUAGAAAAUGAGGCAUUCUGGAGCUCUGCUGUCUGCUAGCUACUUCAAGUAGCAAAGUCAGACAGCACUUGGCAGCAUGGAGGAGCUCCAAAACCUAGGAAACUUACCUCCACUUAAAUCUUUUGAAUAUUUUUAGCAGUAGAAUGUUACAUAAUUUGACUUAAUUUUGGUUACACUUUGGAGGGAAUCAUUUCAUAGAGACACUGGUUUUUUUUGGUAUAGAUAGCUAAAAUAUUCUGAAAUAUUUUGCAUGUUUUAUACUAUUUUAAGUUUUAACUAGCCAGGGAAAUUCUAUUGUAACCAGUGACCAUUAUUUUUUGUAUGAAUUAUGUUCCGGCUGCAUUGUUUCAAGUGUGUAAUUCUUUAUUCUUGAUAUAAUAAGUUCAUUAACUGUGUUUAAUUGCACACUUGCUGAAAAUAUUUAGCAUGUAAAAAGCAGGUUUUUGAUAUUUAACGGCUUCAUAUUGAAGCUGAUUUGCUAUGAGCAAGUUAAGUGGCAGGCCUAGUAUGCUAUAUGUCUUGUUACAUAAAACUACUGCCAGAAUCUCAGUAAAUAUACCGUUUAAAAAGUUUGUUGUCUUUAUAUAUUAAUAUUGAAUUAAGACAGGGAUUAAAGUAAGGAUGACAUGAUUGCUAUUCCUGUGGCAUAUUUUACUAAGACUGGGUGCCUCAAAUGUCUGCUGCUGAAUUAUGUUUACCGGUGAUGUUAAAAGGAACCGAUGAGUCAUUUUUACUUCACACUUUUAUAAUCAGUUACAUGAAAUAUAAUUUACUGUCCAUUGUGCCUGUUAUAAAGGUUGUUUUAACUGUAGUAUCUUAAUGCACAGAAUAUUUUGGCAUGACAAGAGGCUGAAUAAAUGGCUAUUUUGCUAAAAAAAUAGCUGUGUUCAUUUCAGCUCCCUUUGUGUGUCACAAAGAAAAUGGCAAAACCUGAAAACACUUGAGAGAGCAAUUGCAUAGCAGUCCCUCCUUACCCCUAACUUCCUAUAGCAGUGAAGAGAACAAAUUUCUUACGAGAGCUUUUGAAUCCUAUUCUAAUGCCACACAUCAGGUUGUUGAGUAUGCUUCAUCUUUAGAUCUUCACACUCUUACUCUUUUCUUGAAUGGCGUGAUGUUAGUGCCAGCCAAGAGAUAGGAAAUUUAAGAAUGGCAUUUUGUAUGCAAAUGAACAGUUUCUGAAAAUAAUCUUAUGUAACAAAAAUGUAAAAUAAUAAGUACAGGAGAUUAUUUGUAUUACUAUAGAAAUACCCAUUUUAACUUGUAUAAACCAUCUCUUUUUUUGUUGGCUGUCUUAUGUCCAGAUUUUUUUUUCAAGCUUUGCAGACUUGUCCAGGAACAGAGAUCAUUUAUUCCAGAUACUUUGGUUUUAUUUGCUUGGAGUAUUUAUGUAUUACCUGGAGACAAGGAUUAUUGUCUGGUCGUUGCUUUUGUGCUACUCUGCAGUCUUAAUUAUCUAGAAAGAAAGCCAGACUGGUUUUAUUGGUUCUCCAGUGACUAUCUUUAACAGUCUUCCAAUAAAGGGUGCAGGAAGAAAAAUGGAUAAGGUGACAA